AUGUUUAGCUCUGAAAUCCCCUCGAGAAGUCGUCAUGCAAAAAUCGUGGAAGUAUUGGUUGGAGCAUCUUUAUUUGCCAGCAAUAUUGGCAGUGGCCAUUUUGUCGGUUUGGCAGGAUGGAAUAUGUAUGUGGCAGUCAUUGCUUUAGUCGCUUUAGCAGCAAUUUUUACCAUUAGUGGAGGCUUGUCAGCUGUCAUUUGGACAGAUUUUAUUCAGACAAUCAUUAUGAUUAUUGCUGCUUUUGUUUUGAUGAUAAUUUGCUAUGUCAAAGUUGGUGGUAUACAAAUAAUCAAAGAAAUGUAUCCAUAUGCAGUAUCUAGUUCAACACUUUACAAUGUUACUAGCUGUGGAAUACCUCCCAAUGAUUAUUUUUCUCUUAUUCGACCACUGAACAGUGGUAACGGUCCACCUUGGGUUGGAAUCAUCGGUUUGCGUGGGCUCAUGUUAGCAUGCAUGAUAGCUGCAUUAAUGUCUUCAUUGACAUCAAUAUUUAACUCGAGUUCGACAAUAUUUACCAUAGAUAUUUGGCAACGAUUUCGUCAAAAAGCUCCACAAUGGGAACUUCUAAUUGUUGGAAGAGUAUUUAUCUUAGUAUUAGUUGGUAUUAGCAUUAUUUGGAUUCCAAUUAUCUCAGCGUUUCAAGGAGGAAAAUUGUUUGAUUAUAUUCAUUAUUUGACAAAACCAAUUCCAGAUGAGUGUGUAAGUGGUAAAAGUUUGAGUGGCUCAGGAGCGUCAAGUGGUAUCGCUGUUGCAGGAUUCGAAUUGACAGCAAUUUAUAUGCUAGUUGUAUUAGGAUGGAUUUUUGUUCCCGUCUACAUGAAAUCAAAGGUAUUUACAAUGCCUCAAUAUUUGAAAAUGAGAUAUGGCGGUGAUCGAAUUCGAAUAUAUUUAACGCUUCUGGCACUGAUGUUAUCUAUAUUUACAAAAAUAUCUGUUGAUCUUUAUUCGGGAGCCGUAUUCCUUCAACAAGCACUCAACUGGAAUUUAUAUAUUUCUGUCGUAGCGCUUAUACUACUUGCUGCAUGUUUUACAAUCGGAGUAGCGAAUAGUACACUAUAUAAUACGACAACGUGUGGCAUACCAAGUGAAGAUUAUUUUUCACUUACAAGACCUUUUAAUGCUGAUUUACCUUGGUUUGGCUUGUUGUUGGGCAGCACAAUUGUUUCAACAUGGUAUUGGAGCUGUGACCAAGUAUGUGUGUAUAAUAUGAAUUGAACCGUAUAUUGUAAAUAUUAUGUGCUGCGUUCAGAUUGUGCUGUGUCUAGAGAUGCAUCAAACCCGGAUAUUUGUGUUUGGUGGAUUUGGAUUUGGUAAAGAUUUGGAAUUUCGGAUUUGUAAUCCCAAACACUUUGGAUUUGGUCUGGUCACCAAACCCAACGAAAGUAUUAUUAUCGUUAGUAAACUGUUAGACAUAUGCCCAUAAUAAAUUUCGAACUUUUCGACCGAGAUUUUUGCGGAAAAAUGAAAGUUGUCCAAAAAUCCUGAAAUACAUACCAAUCAAUUCAGGUUUUUAUGCUAAUUCCAAAUAUGACAUUGGUUAUGCAGAAAAAUAGGAGUUUAACAAUGAAAACUGCAAAAUACAAGCGAAAUUCCUUGUUUUUUGCUACCUGUUUCAAAAAAGUUAAUUUUCUCAACAACGGAACGAUAUUUUCCAAAACCGAUACUUAACUUUUUUCGUGCUAUUAUGGCGAGUAGAAUGAUAUAAAAUAUUGGCUUCAACUCCUAUCUAGAAAGACUUGAAGCUUUUAAAAUUUUAAAAAACGGCUUAUUUUCUAAAAACUAAUGUAAAACUCAAACACAGUGUAUUUGGAACCUUGGAAGUAUUCCAUGCUUGUUCUCCGUGAAAAAACUGAAUUGAUUGGUAUGUAUUUCAG